ACGCGCAACACGCAACAGUACACACGCCCCAGUACCACACGCCCAGGCGUGCAAUAACUGAGCUUACGCAGGCCGAGCGCAUUGCAGCUAGCAGGUGGUUGCUCGCUUGACUCAAGUCGCAGCACUGACGUUUGGCACAGAACAAUUGUCGACGUGCUGUUCCUUCCUGACGAUACCCAUUGACCGACCACCAUGGCCGGCGUCAUCACCAACGAGCAGCAGGGCCUGUCGCCCGUCAACCAGCAGUACCAGAAGAAUGGCGUGCCUGACGGAACCCAGCCUCACCCAGAUCCUCACAGUGGCACCACCGGCGUCGGAUACGGACCGCAGAUUGUCAGCACCUCAGAAGGGCUGGACAUCGUGGCUGGCCCGCUCCUCAACUACAGGCACACCAGCACCAAUGGCGGAGAGACACUGUGGCACGGCAGCAUCCUGAUCGUCACCACGCCAGGACAGCAUGAUCCUGUCAUGGUAGUGGCGCCCGCGGGCCCCGUCGACCCGAAUGCAGGCAACGUCCAGUUCAGCAGACCCCAGCCCGUAAGAAUCGGUGGAGAGAAGCUAUACGAGGACCCCAAGCGCGCAUUCUGGCGCUUCAUCGUCGAAGUGCCGUUCCAGCAGUUCGAGGCGCGAUGGCAGUACGAGUUCCAGCAUCAGGUGUACGCGGACCGCAGCAAGGCAGAGAAGCCGCAGAACUUUGCCGUGCCUUCGAUUCACCAGUCGAUGCGCAUCAUGUUUCACUCGUGCAAUGGCUUCAGUGUUGGCACCGAUGUUGACGCUUGGUCUGGCCCAGCGCUCUGGAACGAUGUUCUGCGUAUGCAUGAACAGAGGCCUUUCCAUGUUAUGCUUGGUGGAGGCGACCAGAUCUACAACGAUGGAGUGCGUGUUGAUGGACCAUUGAAGCCUUGGACCGCCAUUAGCAAUCCUCACAAGCGUCGCGACUUCGCUUUUGGCGAGCAGAUGCGCGCGGACUGCGAUGAGUACUACUUCCAGAACUACGUCAAGUGGUAUGGUCAGCGACCUUUCUCCACAGCCAAUGGUCAGAUUCCGCAGGUCAACAUUUGGGAUGACCACGACAUCAUCGACGGAUUUGGAUCGUACACCGACCACUUCAUGAAGUGCGCCGUCUUCAGAGGCAUCGGUGGCGUCGCGCACAAGUACUACCUGCUCUUCCAACACCACUUGGCUCCUCCAAAGAGCACAUUCACCACCGAUGCGCCCAAGACGACAAGUGCGGACCCCAGCGGAACGACUCCGGCGGAUCCUGUGCAGCUGGAGAAGACCUGGGUCAUGACGGACGACAAGGGUGAUCCGUCGUACAUUAUUGGACCAAAGCCCGGCCCAUACGUCGAGGAGCGCAGCCGAAACAUCUACUGCCAGUUGGGAGCACGUAUUGCAUUUGCUGGUAUCGAUGCACGAACGGAACGCACUCGUCAUCAGAUCAACUACCCGGAAACGUACAAGAUGGUCUUCGAUCGCUUGGACAAGGAGUUCUCGGCGAACACGAACCUCAAGCAUCUCAUCUUCCUGCUUGGUGUGCCGAUCGCGUAUCCGCGUUUGAUCUGGCUUGAGAACAUUUUGCAGUCUCCGCUCAUUGCGCCCAUCAAGUUCUUGAACAAGCGGUUCGGUUUGGCAGGCUCGUUCUUCAACCAGUUUGAUGGCAAGGUCGAUUUGUUGGAUGAUCUAGAUGACCACUACACAGCGCGUCAGCACAAGACUGAGCGCCGCGAGCUCGUCCAGAUGCUACAGAACUUCUCGAAGAAGCACUCUGCUCGCGUCACCAUUCUCGGUGGCGACGUACAUCUUGCAGCCGUUGGACGUUUCUACUCCAACCCCAAGCUUCAGAUCCCAGCCGAGCAUGACUGGCGCUACAUCCCAAACGUCAUCAGUUCCGCCAUCACCAACAAGCCCCCACCCGCCGCCGUAGCCAACCUGCUCGCCAAGCGCAACAAAAUCCACCACCUGGACCACGACACCGACGAGACCCUCCUCGAGAUCUUCAACCGCGACCCCGGCGUCAAGGGCGAAACGCACGUCGUCCGCGCCGGCACGGAACCCAUCUCCACCUCCAACGGCCUCGCAAACGGUGAGCACACCGACGCGCCCACCAAGGAAGAAGCGCAUAAGGGCGCCGCAGUAGUCAACGGCAACAAGGUUGACCAGAAGACCCGCAACUCAAACCACGCUACCAUGCCCUCCCGCAACUACGCCAUCAUCUGCGAAUCAACACCGCCCUCAACCUCAACUCUGUCUGCGCCCGCCGCUGCACCUGGUCAGGCACCAAGCAUCAACGGUGCCGCGAGCGCGAUCUCUGCGCCGCCUGAGAGGAAGGGGAAUAUGCGCCAUGCAAUCCAUGAUGGUGAGAAGAAUGCUGGGACUGGGCAUCCUGCGGCCCAGGGGCUGACGCCUACGGGGCUUUGUGGGCCCUUUGGACUAGAUGUUACGCUUAGAGUUGAAAUUAGCAACUCUGAUAGAGAGGGCAGGACGGAUGGGUAUGGGUUUAGUAUUCCGGCGCUCGAUGCGGGCGGGUAUGCGCAGCAGGGGAGUAGUUGGUAGAAUGAGGAAGGCAAGGGUCGAGGGGAGGCCUGGACGGUUCCGGGGCAUGUGGAGGAGAUGGGCGGUGGUGACGGGUAGAGAGAGAGCUUGUGAGAAGAGAGAGAGAGAGAGAGAGAGAGAGAGAGAGACGGAUGGGAGAGGGG